UGGUUGUAUAAAAAGCUCGCGCGAGUGAUAUUUCCUCACAGGAUGUUGAUGAACGACGAGUUUUAUUGAAAACCUCUCAGGUUUCGCGAAAACUUAGACGUUAUUAGUAAGUUUUUAACAAACGCAGACAAAAACAGUGACACACUAGCCGAAAAUAUGGGCGGGGAAGCUUAAAAAUACCCGCCUUCUUGUUGUCAUGAGCGGAAAGCAGUCACUGGGUCAGCGAGUCAAAGUGGGAAACUUCUGAGGACUGUCCUGGGGAAACCUCGGACAGUUUAUUCACGAACCGGAUGGAAACGGAGCCGCUGAUAGCAGACAGCAGAAAGCAGGACUCGGUAGAUUACGGCUCGCGACAUGACUCUCAGUCUGACUCUCAAUCUGACUCCCAGGCUGAGUCUAAGGGGACGAGUCGACUCUCUUGUUCACAUAGCAGGGAUUCUGUCCAUGUGGAAGAACGUGAUGAAGACCUGUACAUCCAGCAAGCGGUUGUAUUUAUUGAAGAUGCCAUUCAAUAUCGCUCCAUCAAUCACAAGGUCGACAGUGGAUCUCUGAGCUUAUACAGAUGGUACUACUCCAGGAUAUGUCAGUGGGGUCUUGGUUUGACCAUUGCUGUGAUUCUGGCUCUGGCCUUUGUGGAGAAACCUUCAUCGAUCACUUACACGUCAGACCCUCGCUUCAGGCCCGAGCCCUGGGAACCACCAUGUGGCCUCCCCGAGGCUGUAGAGAUGGUCUGCCUCUGCAUCUUCAUCAUGGACGUGGUAGUCAAGAGUUAUCUGAUUGGAUGGGAGGAGUUCCGUAUGAAUAAAUGGCUGAUUGGCUACGUGUUGGUUAUAGCGGUAUCAGUCAUCGACUGCAUGAUCUCUUUUGCCCUGCUGUGUGGUACGACCAUACGAGUCAGGAGACUGAUUCGGCCAUUUUUCCUCCUGCAAAAUUCCUCCUUAAUGAAGAAAACGCUCAAAUGUAUCAAAAGAACAAUUCCAGAAAUAGCAAGUGUGAUCCUGCUUCUGGCCCUGCACCUGUGUUUAUUCACCAUGGUUGGUAUGCUGAUCUUCCCCAAAUCUGAGGACUCCUCGAAGAAUGGGGAAUGGGAAGGUUACUUCAAAAACCUGCCUAGGGCCUUGUCCUCUCUGCUUGUGCUGCUGACAACUGCUAAUAACCCAGACGUGAUGGUUCCUGCAUACUCACUGAAUCGGGGAUAUACUAUAUUUUUUAUACUUUUCAGCGUAUGUGGAACCUAUAUCUUGAUGAAUUUGCUCACUGCUAUUAUCUACAACCAAUUCCGAGGCUAUUUGCUGAUGUCGGUACAAGCCUCCAUUUUAAGGAGGCGUCUGGGGAUCAGAGCUGCAUUUAAGGUGCUGUGCUGUCCGGGUCAAAGCCACGACGAUCAUUCUGAAGAGCAUGUACAGAGGGUUCGAGUGGACACAGUGCUGCAGGUCAUGAGAAGAGUGCAGAUGACAUCAUGCUACAAACAAGCUGUCAUUAAGGCUGCUCAGGAAUCCCCUGAUGGUUUUAUUGAUGGUGAAGCAUUUCAGAGGCUGUUUGAUGAACUAGAUAAGGAGCACGUCAAAGAGCACCCACCGAAACCAGAGUACAGCUCCUCAUUCCUACAAUUGAUCCAAAACGCGUGUAGUCAUUACUACCUCACUGUGGUGGGAAACGUCGUAGCCCUCGCCAACGUUAUCUGCAUCUGUACCAUCUUGGUGCUGGAUUCAGAGAAGACUGUACUUGAAAGGAAUGAUUACUACAUGGAGGUCAUUAAUUGGGCUUUUAUCAUCUACUACCUAAUAGAGAUGAUACUGAAGCUGAUUGCCUUUGGUUGGAGGGGUUACCUCUCUUACAGAAAUAACAUCUUUGAUGGGUUUUUCACCAUCUUUCUGCUGGUCCUCCAGGUUACUAUUUUUGUCAUGUUCAGGAUUACCGAUCCAAAAUCGAUGCCGACUCAGCCCAGGGACAUAUCUUUGUGGGAAAUGGUGCGACUGGUCAACAUGCUGAUUGUCUUCCGUUUCCUCAGGAUCAUUCCAGAAAUCAAGUUGAUGGCUCUGGUGGCUAGCACUCUUGUGGACCUUGUGAAAAACUUGCGGGCAUUUGCUGGGAUUCUGGUGGUGGUGUACUAUGUGUAUGCUGUCAUUGGUAUCUGGCUUUUCCAAGGAGCUAUUACUCCUCCAUUCUCAAGUGUGGCCAACUCAAGUAGUGAGAAUAGCACAUCCAACUUCACUAUGGAGUGUGGCUCCUAUGAACAGCUAGAGUAUUGGCCAAACAACUUUGACGACUUUGCUUCAUCUCUAGUUCUGCUGUAUGACGUGAUGGUGGUGAAUAACUGGCAGGUCUUUAUGGACGCUUACACAAGAUACACCACCGAGUGGUCAAAGGUGUACUUUGUAUCCUGGUGGUUCACCUCAUCUGUCAUGUGGGUCAAUCUGUUUGUGGCACUCAUUUUGGAGAACUUUACUUACAAAUGGGACAAAAGUCAUGCACUGAGUGUAUCGGAUGUGGAGAGGACAAGCUAUGAGACCACGGUGCAGGUGAUGUUCAGAGCGCACAUCCAAGAACCAAGUCUGGAGGACAUAGAAAACCAUCUCCAGUGUCUUCCACAUCUCCAUCUCCCUCGCUGGUCCCUGCAAUCACACAGCCCUUAACCACAGCGCCACACACCUGCUCGACACCACAUGUUUACAUUUACAUUAAUCCUGACUGGAGUGUGGAGACUGCCAUGGUCUUGAAGUGGGGUUAGUGCACAAGACAACGCCAUGUGCUGCUCAGUGUUCUGCCGAACACAUGUUCGUGACAUGCCACUGUUUUAACAUGCCAGUCCUUUUUUUUUUAAUUAUUAUUAUUAUUUUAAAUGUAUUUAUUUUUAAAUUAGUUUAUUCCUAGAGCGUUUCUAUUUCUGUUAUGAAAGGGAAAUUUUUUAGACUUUUAGUUUUGAAAGAAAUGCUUUAACUGGAUAAUGAAUUUCAAGACUUUGCGGAGAGAUCCUAAGAGUCGUGGACAAGAUGUUACCAUCCAGCCUGGUAGGAAACCAAUGAAAUUCCUUGCAUAAGUAUUUAAGCCCAUUGAACUUUUCCACAUUUUGUAGUGUUACCUGGAACUGAAGUUGGAUCGAGUCCACACAAAAAAACCCCGCAAAUUUUGUGAUACAUUCCAUUCAUCUAGUCAUGUGACUUCUGGUGGCCUAUAAGUCAUGACUUAUAAUCCCGAUUAAAACAAUUUCAGUUCCAGGUCGUAACAAUACAAAAUGUAGAAGCAUGCAAUGGGGUUGAAAACUUUUAUACAAGACACUGUCUGAAGUGUCAUUUGUGAAUGGCACCGCUCUCUAUGCUCCACUACUUCUCACUCACUCAAGCAACCUACUAGAUCUACACCGUUGAGCUCAAAUGCAGGCAGCAGAUGUCGUUGACAUGGAAAUAGUGCACUGAAAUGAACCUGAAGCUGGGCCAGAAGAACUUCCAUGCAACCAGACUGUGUUUUAGUGCUGAGAUGGGAACGUGAAACUCUCGACAGUGGUGCUAUUAAAACGCAGUUUAUAUUGAGGUGCUUUUUAACCUUGAGCAUUUGGUGCAUUCAUUCUCAACAAAGCGAUUGUGGAAUUUCAGCCUUGAACGAUAGAUGUCAUUUGGUCUAAACUCGAACAUCUCUUCAAAGGAAGCAAACGGACUUAAUCACUGGAGCAGUAGAUGGCAUAUAUACCUGUUAAUGCUUCCUCCAAUUAGAUGAUGGUAAUAUCAAUAAAUGGUGCUGUUCUGGUAAUAAAUGUGUGGCAGCCUGAGAAAACCCCCACAUAGUGAAAUUCUGGCAUUCUGGGGUUUCAUUCUGACUGCAGCCAUUUUCCUACAGCACGUAGCUAUCCAACAACUUGAUCGGAGCGUGACAUUCGCUGUGUGAGGAAAUCACACUUGGCUAGCAAGGUUUUUGAAAUCUUUAUCUAGACUAAUUCCCUGUCCACACACAUACAGAUAUCUUUGAAAAGAUUUUGGAAAGUGGAGAUAGUUAAAAACGGCGCAAACCUGCCCAUGCUACUCAUGAAUGUGCUACUGCUCUGUUUAUCGGGUUGAUCACAUUAUUACGCUGUGGUCUGUAAUUUCUUCUUUGAUAGCGUGUUUGCAAUUGAAUUCCACUUUGUUUUAUUAUUACACCCUCGUGCAGAGGCGCCAGAUUUUGUUGCAUGCUGUACUGCUCCUGAAUCAACUGCUCCAUCUGUACAAAUGGAGAUUUUGAUUUUGAGAAUGCAAAUGAAGACCUGAGUGUAUUCAAGUGCAUCCUUACGCAGGUGCACCUCAUCGUCAGUCCACUCAAAUGACUCCGUGGCUUUGUCAUUUUUUUUUGUUUGUUUUGUUUUUAGAACCGUUAGUGUUUUUCCACACUUCACUUUCUAUAUCGCUCAAUACGCAGAUUUUAAAGUUAUUCUUGAGGCGUUUGACAUAACUGUUUACGACAUGCCGUCACUGCGCUGUCGUGCUCAAGUGAACGAUUUUAUGGUUUUGUAUGAAUGAAGAUAUUUUUGAAAACGCUGUUCCUGUGUUUUUUUUGUUUUGUUUUUAAACAGAAGGCUAAAAACUAUGUUUUCAAUAAUAUAUGUAAAUGUGUGGAUGGGGGCAGACUGUGUUUACCAUCGCGUUUGUUAAACUGGCUCCUUACCAAACAUGACCUUUGUAGGAAGAAAGCCUAGACAAGAUUAAAAGCAUUUCCACAUCAUUUCAGUAAAAUAUAUUGAUGGUUUCUCAAAGUAUGUAUGCUCAAUUAUGGACAAGCUUGAUUUUGUUGUUGUUGUUGUUUGUGUUAUUUGGCAGUUUGCCAGAACAUAGAGCCAUCAGCAUCAUCUGAUUGUUUCCCCAGACCACCACACAAGUAGAAUUGUUGGUUGCAGGUCAAAUUGUUUCAUUUAUUAUUGUUCAUUUGGCUACAUACAAUCAUCAGAGCACAAUAGUAUAUAUCCAGUGUUCUUCAGCCUAAUUUUUAUCUGCCACAUUUGUAGUGUAUGAGUAAUAACCAGAAUUUAAAAAGCAGACGAAUACUCUUUACUCAAAAGUGUUUUAUAAUGGAAAUUUAAGGGUGGUUGCGGGGCAGUUGAUUAAACAUUUAUGCGUUUUGUAGGUUGCUUUCAUUUGUAAAUUCAUGAUGUCAUGUCACAGGGAUAGCAUGAAAUCUUCAUGAAAGUAUGAGGAACUGGAAUUAGUUUGUACUUUAUAAGAUAAGUUUUGUUAAGUCUUUCUUGUUCAUGUCCUGUGUCUCAUGUUAAUACGUUUAAUGUUGGUGGUAACGGUGUAGUUUUGAAUUCAUGUUCUAUAGCUAAUCAUGUGCACAUUUCAAUUGUGUUUAAAGUGAACACUUUCAGUUCUUUUCUCGUUUUGUGUUGAAUUUUAUAUCUGAAAUCACACACGCACUACAAAUGUGGGAGAUAAAAUUAGACUGAAAUCAGAAUUAUUGAUUGAAUUUCUUUUCAAAGAGAUAUUCUGUAGAUGAGAAACAGCCGUCGAUAUCUAUCUGAAAUUGUCAAUAAUAAAUAUUUGGUUUAGUAGACUGGCACAAUGACCGGAUCAUUUUAAACAAAAUAAAAAUAAAGACUAUUAAAAAGAAAUCGAAAGGGAAACUCCCUGCUGCAGAGGAGCUUUUUUUGUUACUCAGUAUGUAAAUAAGACUUUAUUACAACUUUUAUAGUUAGUGUUGGAUAAGAAUAUUUAAGCCAUUAUCAUAAUUUAAAUAAAUGUGUAUAAUAUAAACAUAAUCUCCAUCUCUGAUACCCGCAGAUGAGCGUUUCAGUGUUCUCAGAUACAAUGUCAAUCAUGUUGGGUUUUUUUUGUUUGUUUGUUUAAAGCAUCUUUCUCUUUUGUUCAUUCUUGAGCACUGUUGAAUUCUUGAUUCUGAUUGGUCAGAAGGUGUUGAUUUAAUUUUCUAUAACAGCAGCCCGGGUUGUAGUGUUGCUGUAAUUCAAAUCACAGGUUUAUAUCAACGCACUUGUUCUAUAGAGAUAUUGUUUCUCUAGUAACAUAUUCUACAUUGUAAAUUGUCAUGGGUGCUAAGUGCAGUGGUAUAAGCAGAAUAAAACAUUUCAGGACAUGCCGUUAUAGUCAACUUCUGUGGUAACAGGGACUCCGUUGUUGAUUAUUUUCAUAUAACAGCAAGACAGUAAGUGUUUUGUUCCUUACAUAAUGCACAUUCCAGCUCCAGCUACACAGAAAGUGCAUGCUUGUAGUGAAACAUGAAUUUGUAU